UUCAAAAGAAUCUGUUCAACAGAACCGAGUCGCCUGGGAAUCACUCCAGUACUUACGCUCAGCGCGCACACAUGUAUUUACCAGAAUGAUGGGAGGAUGUUUGGAUUAUAGUACACUUCUUUAUCCGCUGCAGAAGAAAAGAAUCUAGCGGCAAAGAAAACGAGAGUGGAUGUACAAGGGGCUUUUUGUUUUGAAUUCUACAGGUCGUUUCUUAAUGCAUUUUGAUGGCUUGGAAAUGGAGAUAGCUUUGGUGAGCUUUGACAAGCGGGGUAAUGGAGGCAGUGAUGGAGAGCCCUACCAAAACCAAAACUCCCUGGAUCAUCCACGCUUGGUCCACAACAAAGAACUGUACUCGAGAAGUCCACAACAGAGCUCAUGGAAAAUGAACGACAUGAACAACACAAUGAUGGGUUCCACUGAGAAUACGGUUGAUUAUUACAGUCCCCAUUUGUUUGAUGAGGACAUUCUGGGCAUGGAUAUGGACCAUGAGAACAACGAACGAGUUCUUAUCAAUAUCGCCGGACUGAGGUUCGAGACACAGUUGGGCACUCUGAACCAGUUUCCCGACACUUUGCUGGGAGACCCGGACAAGAGAAUAAAGUAUUUUGACCCCCUCAGGAACGAGUAUUUCUUUGAUCGCAAUAGACCGAGUUUUGACGGAAUUCUUUAUUUCUAUCAGUCCGGCGGGAAAAUCCGACGACCUGUUAACGUGUCAAUCGACGUGUUUGCAGACGAAAUCCGCUUUUAUCAGCUGGGAGAAGAAGCAAUGGACCGUUUCCGCGAGGAUGAGGGCUUUAUCAAAGAAGAAGAGAAACCGUUGCCACAGAAUGAGUUUCAGAAACAGGUAUGGCUCAUCUUUGAGUACCCUGAAAGCUCCAGUCCUGCACGAGGCAUAGCUAUUGUCUCCGUCAUCGUCAUAACCAUCUCCAUCAUAACUUUCUGUCUGGAAACUUUACCCGAGUUUCGCGACGAGCGAGAGCUUCCAGUGACUAGUCGCGCUAUCAAUGGUACUCAAGAGCGUCCAUCGCUCACCUUUAGCGACCCGUUUUUCAUCAUUGAAACCACCUGCGUGAUUUGGUUCACCUUUGAGCUCUUUGUGCGCUUCUUUGCCUGUCCAAGUAAGUCUGAAUUCUCCAAAACCAUCAUGAACAUUAUUGAUAUCAUGUCUAUCAUGCCGUACUUCAUCACCUUGGGCACAGAGCUGGUGGAGCAGCAGGGCCAAGAGCACAAUAAUGGCCAGCAGGCUAUGUCACUGGCCAUACUGAGGGUCAUUCGUUUGGUUCGGGUGUUUCGCAUAUUUAAGCUCUCUAGACACUCCAAGGGGCUUCAGAUCUUGGGCCAGACCCUAAAAGCCAGCAUGCGAGAGCUGGGCCUCUUGAUCUUCUUUCUUUUCAUUGGUGUCAUAUUAUUCUCCAGUGCUGUUUUCUUCGCUGAGGCAGAUGAACCUGAGUCUCACUUCUCCAGCAUCCCAGAUGCCUUUUGGUGGGCUGUGGUGACCAUGACAACAGUUGGAUAUGGUGACAUGAGACCGGUGACUGUGGGGGGAAAAAUUGUGGGCUCGCUGUGUGCCAUCGCAGGGGUGUUGACCAUUGCGUUACCGGUGCCUGUCAUUGUGUCUAACUUCAACUAUUUCUACCACAGAGAAACUGACCAAGACCAGGCGUCUCUCAGAGAAGAGCCUAAUAAUGGUGACACUUCAAACCCAUGUGAUGAUCUUCAUGGGUUGAGGAAAUCAUCAACAUCUAAUUCAAAAGAUAGAGAGCAUAAUGAAGAAACAAACAUUCCAGUUGAGAAGACUAACAUGAAAGCUAACAGCAGAAUGGAUAUAAAACGCUCCCUGUAUACGUUUUGCUUGGACACUAGAGAAACCGACCUCUAGUUUGCCCACCUCUACCCCAUUGCACUACCGGUGCCCAUCACUGUUUCCAACUUAAACUAUUUCUAUCUCAGGGAGACUGACCAGGAGUAGGCAUCUCUCAGAGAAGACCAUGUGAUGAACUUCAUGUAUUGAAGAAAUCCUCAAACGCAAGCGAUGGAGAACACAGUGUGGAAGAAACGUGUUUGAGAAGACCAACAUUAUAAACUGGAUAUUAAAUGGUCCCAAGAAACAGAAACUUCUAGGCCAUUCAUAUCCACUAAGUUAAUGCACCCAAGUUCUGUAUGAUCCAAGGAUCAUCGCACUGUUAAAAUCCUGGAAAGUUGCAUUUAUUUUAUUUUUUAAAGCACAUUUUAAUCUGUUAAUCUCCUGGGCAUCAGCAGCUUUUAAGCAUUACUUUUAUAAUUUCUUAUUCAGAAACACAAAAUAAUGCUAAAAAAAACAAUUAUGUAAAAUAUUAGGAACUGCUGCGAUGCUUGGAUGACAUGUUCAGUGUUGCCCAGUGAUUCAAGUGAAAAGCCAAAAUAGUUUUUUUUCUUUUAAAACAUACAUCAUAAAAACAAAUGUACAUAUUUUUUGUAAAAUAAUUGUUUGGUCUUUAGGGUCUCAAUCAACACGACUUUUGUAAUUAGUUUAAAAUACUGUAUGUGUCGUUUGUCGUAUCAGUAUUUUAUAGCAAUAUUUUUUCACUCUCAAAUUUAAAACUCAAUGGCAUAUGAAAUCUAGGGAGCACUUCAAGGAAAAGGACUUGUUUGCUUACGAAUUCACAACGAUAAAGCCUUAUUGACUCUAAAUCACAUCACAGUUUUCCCGAAGUUUGAUGCAAAAUGGAUUCAAGCAGAAAUUAACGUGUACAGGAGAAGGUUACCCCAACAAAUGACUGAACCAUGAUGAUCUACUGAAAACAGAGGAGAACUUUAAGAUGAUCCAGUGAUCCAAUUUCAUAUAAGAUCCCAAAACAGGAGCCAUAAUCAAGACAACAGAUUUUUCAGAUCUUCUGAAAACCUCUGCAGAAACCUGUGCCUUUGAUCAAACCCUGUGAAUCAAUCAUUUUUGUAUGGGACCAGCAUAUGAUAACUGAUAAUGCAUUUCUGACAGACACCUUUAUGAACUGAACAGGUGACAAAUAAAGGUGGUUUUUGAAGCCAUGAAGUUUGUGUAGAACGUAAAUUGUCUAAGAGGGAAUCAAUCCAACUCUGUGCAAUGUUAGCCUGUUUUAGAGUGACGUUCAUGUCUAAGUAGAUUUUGGAUUACUAUGUUCAGUUGGUAUAUUUUUUUAAAGCUUUUUUCCUGAUGUUUUCUAAAACAUUAUUUUCCAACAGAACAGACACCUAUGAGCACAGAGAGAUAAAAUAUUGCUAGGCAAAGAAAAUGCCUUCUUUCUUAGACAGGGGAAAAGCCACAGUACCUCUCACCAACAACAGUGAUGGUGUUUAGAAUGGCAUUUGCUGAAAUUGUGUGUCACCCUUACAUAUGUAUGCCCUAUAAUUUCAUUUGCUGUAUACUUGAGUGCUUAUCUAAUGUAAUAAUAUAAGAAAUAAAUAUUUAUAUUAAUGCCGUCAAAUGAUUAAUCGCAUCCAAAAUAAGUUUUUGUUUACAAAAUAUAUGUGUGUGACUG